AGCGGCGGACAGACAGUCAAAUAGACAGUGAGAUGGGGGGUCUAUAGGGAAAACACCUUUUCUGAUGUGUACCUGAGUCGGAAAGACCGGGUGACACACCGAGACUUAGGCUAAGCCCUCGAGUUCAUCCUGACUCUUAAUUACAGCCAGCUGCCUCGUCAGAGUAAAUCAGUCGAGCCUUCAACAAACACAGACACACAAACACACUGCAUUGACUCAAAGGGUGCAUUACACAAUUCUCACUCGGGAAAGAGAUACGGUGAACUUUGGUCUAAAGAAACAAAGAGAGAGCAAGCAUUUUCCUCUACCGACCACACUUGAGGUGGGAGUGCGCUUCACGCCACUACAUAUGCAUUCGAAGCACGCUGCAGGGCAGAGUGAAUGAGUUUGAAUCGAAGUGAUCAAUUCCCUGCAACUGUCAAAGAUUGCAUUGCACAAAUUCGCUGUUCAGUCAUUCCAGCCACAUCAUAAAGUGGACAACCGACAAACAACAUGGCGUUGCUGACGAGUGGAGAGUCGUGCAUUAAAUAUGUGCUAUUCGUCUUCAAUUUUGUUUUUUGGCUGGCAGGGACCGGAGUUCUGGCUGUGGGACUGUGGCUUCGCUUUGAUACUAAGACUGCAGGGCUCUUUGAAGGAGAAGACUCUCCCUCUGUCUUCUUCACCGGAGUAUACAUCCUUAUCGCUGCGGGGGCUCUGAUGAUGGUGGUUGGCUUCCUAGGCUGCUGUGGCGCCCUCAAAGAGUCGCCGUGCAUGCUGGGAUUGUUCUUCUUCUUCCUGUUGGUCAUUUUCGCCGUGGAGGUGGCUGCUGGGGUAUGGGGUUUCUCGAAUAAAGACAAGGUAGUGGAAGAUAUCACAGAAUUUUACAAGCAGACCUACAACAACUAUAUGACUACGAGCCAAGAGGCCUUGAGGGAGACACUCCGUCUAAUCCACUUUGGACUGAACUGCUGCGGCAUCACAGGCAGUGUGAUCGACAGCGCCAGGGACACCUGCCCCAAGAAGGAGGGACUGGAGGCCUUCAUCACCACGAGCUGUCCCAGUGCCAUCGAUGAGAUGUUCAACUCCAAACUGCACAUCAUCGGAGGUGUGGGCAUCGGCAUUGGUGUCAUCAUGAUCUUCGGUAUGAUCUUCAGCAUGCUGUUGUGCUGCGCCAUCAGGAGAUCCCGGGACAUCAUGUAGAUGAACACACACAACCUGAAUCGUACCCUUAACACUGUUGUCUGUCCUGGCUUCAGACUUAGUUUCAGUCUACAAAUAGGUUUUAAUGUCUGUUGCUAAGACCUCACUCACAAGCUCCACACUGGAUGGAACCGGUCACCUUUGAAGGUGUGGAACCCCUUACCGUGUCGAGGAUGAAGCAUAUUCAUCUUUUUUGAAGUCGAGCUCUUCAGGAUGCAUAACGCCUUCAAUGUUUGCCACAGUUUAAUUUUUACUAACUUUUGUGUGUGAGCCUCUCUCAUUUUGUCUUUAAGCUACAUGUCUUUACCUUAAGAGAAGUAUGAUUUUAUAAGCAGUGGAUUUUUAUGCAGACGUUUUGAUGAAUAAAGAUCGUUGUACAGUGCCAAAUAAAAGUAAACUAAUGAG